UCUUGACUUUAGUUUCCUCGCCCCUUUCCCCCUCUCUGUCCUUCUCUCACCGUCUCAAAAGCUAGCGGCCGCGGCGCCCUCGCUAGCGGCGGCAGCAAAGACGAUGAAGAACUUAUGUGAGGUUGUGGAUGGGUUGAAACCAACCAUACUAAUGGUGGUGGUUCAACUAUUUUAUGUUGUGGUUAACAUCCUUUACAAACUCGUCUUCUAUAACGGCAUGAGCUUGCGAAUUGUCAUGGUUUAUCGUUUCGUUUUCGCCUCUGCUUUCUUGGCUCCUCUUGCUUUCUUUUUGGAAAGGAAGAAGAGGCCAAAGAUGACUUGGACUAUACUGUUUCAGGGGCUUAUAUGUGGCUUAUUUGGAGGAACAUUGUCACAAAUAUUAUACUUGGAGACGCUGGCCUUAACAACAGUAACUUUUGCUUCAGCGAUGAACAAUCUCGUUCCAACCGCCACCUUUAUUAUGGCCCUCUUCUUUGGCUUAGAAAAAUUGAAUUGGAAAGCAGCAGCCGGGAAAGCCAAGAUCAUUGGAACCCUUGCGGGAACCAGUGGGGCCAUGCUGCUAACAUUCUGCAAAGGUGCACGAAUACCCACACACUCCUUCCACGUCAGCCUUUUGCAUCCCCACAGCAGCCACGUGGCAUCUCCCCACUCUUCCUCCGGUGGUAAUACGCUUUUAGGUGCACUCUGCGCCUUGGGUUACAUCUCUUCUUAUUCUUUGUGGCUCAUCGUUCAGAACAAGAUGAGUGAGAGAUAUCCAUGUCAUUACUCGAGCACCACAUUGAUGAAUUUAGCAGCGUCGGUGUUUUCUAUUGGGUUUGCUCUUUGCACUGAAAGAGAUUGGAAUCAAUGGAAAUUGGGAUGGAACAUAAGGCUCUUAACUGUGGCUUAUGCGGGACUAGUGGCAGCAGGGUUGAGUGUGGUGAUCAUAGCAUGGUGUGUACGCAAGGGAGGGCCUUUGUUCGUAUCAAUAUUUAAUCCUCUCCAGCUUUUGUUUUUGGCUUUUGUUGGAUCUUUCUUUAUGGAAGAAAUGCUUUAUCUCGGAAGUAUAAUUGGAGGAGUGUUGAUAGUAUGUGGAUUAUAUAUGGUUUUAUGGGGCAAAGGCAAAGAGAUGAAGAUGAAGAAUCUUUUAGGCGUAUCUUCCAUUGAUGACGACGAGAAAGGCAACCACAACAAUAAUAAUAUUAAUCCUUCACUCGCUGUUGAUAGGGAUCACCAAGAUUCAUCAGAAAAUGGAAAUCAAGCAAUAAAAAUAGCUAGAUGGGAAAAAACAUGCAACAUCUAGAAAUGUCUCGUACACUUAAAAAGAUACCGUCUCCAGUCUUUAGUAUAAAAUCCAACUGAUUAAUUUGAGAAAAUUAAAAAAAUUAAAAAAUUACUUAAUUAUA